AUGCGCAACUUGCGCAACAUUCGAUUCGGCGGCUGGUCGUCGUCGGACGCCUCCGCCGCCGAGGUGACGGCAUCCUGCUGGGACCCCGCCAAAGACGAGGUUCUCUGCACAGCUGGGCCGACCGAAGCCAAGGCCACCAUUGAGCUGGUGAGGCUGUCGGACCACCAGCAACAGCAGCAAAUUAAAUCACAACUCGUCGCGAGCUGGGAUGCGCCGAGCCCGAGCCCGGACCUGCCCGCCGACAGGAUCGUCUCCCUUCACCACUUCAGCGACACCCUGACAACCUGCGUUGUCCUCGAGGGCGGCGACAUCGUCACGGUCCAGGAGGAUGAUUUCGGCAACGGCGAGGCGCAGAUCGAGAUCGUCGGCGGCAUCGACGCCGGUAUCUCCGCUGCGCGAUGGUCCCCCGACGAAGAGCUGCUUGUCGUCGUCACCAAGGAGGGCAACGCCGUGUUCAUGGGCCGCUCGUUCGACCCCAUCGCCGACGUGAUCAUGACGGCCGAGGAUCUGAAGCUCUCGAAGCACGUCUCCGUCGGGUGGGGUAAGAAGGAGACGCAGUUCCAGGGGAAGGGAGCCAAGGCUCUCCGGGAUCCUACGAUUCCUGAGAGGGUCGACGAAGGCCUGCCGAGCGCGAACGAGGACGGGGGCGCCACGGUUAGCUGGAGAGGAGAUGGUGCGUAUGUUGCGAUCAACUCCGUCGCCGGUGGGGAGAGGAGAGUUGUGAGGGUGUAUUCGAGAGAGGGCGUGCUCGACAGCGUCAGCGAGCCUGUGGAUUAUCUCGAGGGCAGUCUUAGCUGGAGGCCUUCGGGAAAUCUCAUUGCGGGUAUUCAAAGAUUGCCGGAGAGGACGGACGUCGUCUUCUUUGAGAGGAAUGGUUUGCGGCACGGGCAGUUCACGCUGAGAUGCGCUGAUGGACCCCUGAGUGAGCAUGAGAAGAUCCGGUUGGAGUGGAACUCGGAUUCGACUGUCUUGGCUGUUAUCCUCAAGGAUAGGAUACAGCUGUGGACCACUGGAAACUACCACUGGUAUUUGAAGCAGGAAGUACCAUUGGCGUCUGCGUUUGCGGGACUCUCGUGGCAUCCUGAGAAGCCGCUGCGGUUUGUUGCUGCGACAUCAGGCGGCGUGGAUUUUGCCGAGUACAUCUUCACUGUUGCCCGGGGCUCUCUGAGUCCUCCGAAUGAUCACGGAGCCGUGGCCGUGAUUGAUGGACAGACGGUCAAACUUACCCCUUUCCGGACGGCCCAAGUGCCGCCGCCCAUGGCUUGGGCCGAGCCCGAAUUUCCCGCCAGCGUCGUCGAUGUCGCGUUUGACCCCAGCAACUCCCUCAUGGCGGUGCUGCACCGCAAGGGCCUCGAUGUCUUUGAGUGGCAGACGAAGGGAGACCGGUCGGUUCGGCCCAAGGAGUUGGCCAAGAUUGCCUUUGAUGCGAACGCGGCUGGUGUGCCUCUGCAAGUCGCCUUCUCUGGAAAGAAGGAGUGUCAAGUUCUUGUGUCUGGCGAGGGCCUCAAGCUUGAGACUUACUCUGUCGAGUCGUCGGCAUUGAGUCUUUCAACCACCCAGCUUAAGCCCACCGAGACGAUAUCCUCUAUUUUCAGCUAUGAAGGCGACUCAGGGGUUGAGGCCGUCGCUCAGGACCGCUCGGGUAAGCUGUACAGACUCUCCGGCAAGCAAGCCCCAGAGUUGCAUGAGACACAGCUUUCCACUCAGCUGCCAUGGUGCGAGGUAAGAGAUGUCAACGAGAGGACGAUCGCCUUGGGUAUGACCAGAAAUGGUCACCUCUACGCCAACUCGCGACAGUUGGCCAAGAACUGCACUUCAUUCGUGGUUACUCCUGCACACAUUAUCUUCACGACCAACAACCACUUCCUCAAGUUUGUGCACUUGGUAGACCCCGAAGAAAUGGAGGUUCCCGGAGACGACCCUGAGAUUGAUGAGAGAUGCCGUAGCAUCGAACGAGGAGCCCGGUUGGUGACCGCUACGCCGACCAACAUGAAUUUGGUACUUCAGAUGCCGAGAGGCAACCUCGAAACGAUUUACCCUCGAGCCAUGGUCGUUGCGGGUAUCAGGCAACUGGUCGAUGAGAAGAACUACGGAAGAGCGUUUGCAUUCUGCCGCACUCAGAGAGUUGACAUGAACAUUCUCUACGAUCACCAGCCGAACCAGUUCCUCUCCAAUGUCGGCCUCUUCCUGGAGCAACUCAAAGACAUCACUUACAUCGACCUCUUCUUGUCAUCGUUGAGGGAAGAGGACGUCACUCAAACCAUGUACAAGAACACCAAGCGCUCCAACGCAUCCCCUCAGUCAACAGAAACCCCGGCAGACCCCUCGGCCAAGUCCAAGGUCAACAAGAUCUGCGACGCGAUCCUCAAGAGCCUACAAAGCAAAAAGAGCACAAACCUCCAAAACAUCAUCACAGCCCACGUCUGCAAGGACCCUCCCGCCCUCGACGACGGCCUGACCCUGGUCUCGGAGCUGAUGCAAGAGGACGAGAAGCUCGCCGAGCGCGCCGUCGAGCACAUCUGCUUCCUCGUCGACGUCAACAGGCUCUACGACAACGCCCUCGGCCUCUACAACCUCGACCUCGCCCUCCUCGUCGCCCAGCAGUCCCAGCGCGACCCCAGGGAGUACCUCCCCUUCAUCCAGAACCUCCACAACCUGCCGGAGCUGCGCCGCAAGUUCGAGAUCGACGAUCACCUCGACCGCAGGGCCAAGGCCCUCUCCCACCUCAAGGCCCUCGACGCCUUCGACGAGCUGCAGAAGUACGUCACCAAGCAUGCCCUCUACCAAGAGGCCCUCGGCCUGUACAGGUACGACCAGGCCCGCCACCAGACCCUCACGGGCCUGUACGCCGCCCAUCUCGAGUCCCUCUCAAAGUACCGCGACGCCGGUCUGGCCUACGAGACGCUGCACAACUUCUCAAAGGCCACGAGCUGCUACCGCGCCGCCGGCGUCACUUGCUGGCGUGAGUGCCUCUUCGCAGCGCAGCAGCAGACCCCGCCGCCCUCGGACGACGCCUUCGCGGACCUCGCCUCGACGCUCGCCGAGGCCCUCUGGGAAGGCAAGGAGUACGCCGCCGCGGCCACCAUCCACGCCGACUACCUCUCCUCGCUCGAGACGGCGGUCAAGUGCCUCUGCAAGGCGUACCACUUCGCCGAGGCCCUCCGCCUCAUCGCCCGCGACCGCCGCCCGGACCUGCUCCCGACCGUCUUCGACGCGGGCCUGGUCGAGGCGCUCAGCAGCAGCACCGAGUUCCUCGCGGACUGCAAGUCCCAGCUGCUCGCGCAGGUCCCGCGCGUCGCGGAGCUCCGCAAGAAGGCCGCCGAGGACCCGCUGGCCUUCUACGAGGGCGAGCGGCCCGGCGGCCACGGCGACAUCCCCGACGACGUCUCGGUGGCCGCCAGCUCGCGCGUCAGCACCUCCGCCAGCCUGUUCACGCGGUACACGGGCAAGGACGGCAGCGUGGGCACGGUGGGCACGGGCGUCUCGCGGGCGACGAGCAAGAACCGCAAGCGCGAGGAGAAGAAGCGCGCCCGGGGCCGCAAGGGCACCGUGUACGAGGAGGAGUACCUCGUCAACAGCGUGCGGCGCCUGGUGGAGCGCGUCGAGGGCGGGGCCAAGGACGAGGUCGGCAGGCUCGUGUUCGCGCUCGUGAGGCGGGGCAUGACGGAGCGCGCGAGGGCCGUGGAGGCGCUCAUGGCCGAGGUCGUCGAGGGGUGCAAGGCGGCCGUGAGGGAGGUGUUCAACGUCAAGGAAGAGACCGAGGCGGGCGAGGCCGUUGUCGGGGCCGACGGCGAGAUGUGGAUUCCCUCGGGGGCCGAUGCCGUUUUGCAGGAGCAUCUUGAUGCCAGGGCGAAGAAGCUUGAGCCGCCUGUUCUCGGGGCGUUCCAGAAGUUGACUUUGUUGGGAUCCUAG